AUUUAGGAAACGUUGAAAGUUUGAGAGAGGCGCAUGCACAACUUGGCAAUGUUGAUAGGCAGUUUACUAGAAUUAUUGAAUUCUGGUCUAACAUGGCUGCAGCUGUUAAAGCCUUACGAGAUGAAUCCACUUCAGGAAGUGUUUAUCUUGCUCAAAUAGAAAAUCAAAAAUUUGCAAAAAGAUUUCAAGAAUCAAUUGGUCGAGCAGAAAAGGGUUGGAAGUUUUUUGGUCGAAUCUGUAGUGACUACGUACAAGAGAGUGACACGGAAAUCUACUCCCUUUACAACUUCCUGUCAGCACCUAUAGACAAAAUGGCCGCCGAAGCACGCGCACAACGUCAGCAAGAUGUGUUGCUUGAAAUUGAGGCUGACAUAGAGAACUCAUAUCCAAAAUAAGAUUUUGGAAACAAUUACUGCUUUCAUAUUAUUACUAAAGUAUAUAAUAAAACAUCCUGGGGAGCAUUUUUUGUACCAGCUUUAUUUAAAAUUCAACAAUGGCACGCAAUAUUCUGUUGUUCACAAUGAUCUUAAUUAAAAAAUAGCGCACAUUAUUUUUAAACAUUGUGUUUUAGCUCACGAACCGAAUGUUCACGGUGGGCU